ACCAUCAUCAUUGACGGGUUUUUUUCCAACCAACCCCUCCCACCACCAAGCUGCUGCACCUCCUCCCACAUCCCUUAUUUUUUAUAUUACCUGACUUGAAAUGUUCUUGCGAAACUCUCAAUGAAGGUGACACGAGCAACCCAAACCAAUGCAAAGGAUCUCGUCGCCCUGUUGUCUUUAUGAGUUUCCGCAACCCAGGCCGCUUUUCGUUCAUUUCAUAUUCGUUCUUGUCUGCCGCAUCGUUCAGAUUUUCAUCCUGUACCCAUUCCGCCGUAUGUUGGGUUGAUUUACGUCGACGUUGUCUUAGAGAUGGUUUCCUUUUCGCUGUUGCCGUUGUAGUCGUCGUAGUCGUAGUGGGAGUGACAGUAGUAGUGUUUGUAUUGGUAGAAUUGCCAUCAGCCGACGUUGUCGUUGUUGAAUCUAAAGGCACGACUUUGCUAUGUGUAUCUACCGUUCUGUUGUUGUUUUCAUUUAUCACAAGGUUUGUUAUUUGAUUUGUCUCACAAGGAAACACAACAUAUCACACACGCACACAUACGCACGAAAACAAUGAAGCAGUAUAGCUUAUCCCCCUUCCUCCUCUUUGUUGUGUACUGGAG